AUGUCUCGUAUCUACUCCAAUACUACACCAACGAUGGCAUUGAUUGCCGACACAAAUGGCACCGAAGAAGUGGUCGUCAAAAAACAGCGAAAGAUUUAUCCGAAGAACUCUUUCGAUCGUUUCGGUGACGAUUUGUGUGAACUCAUACUGUCGUACCUCUCGCUGGACGAGCGCUUUGUCUGCGAAUGUGUGUCAAAACAGUUCCGGAGGACUGUCUUCAAGAGUGUUGUCGACAUCACUAUCCACGACACGAACUCAACUGAAUCGCGACUCAAAGUCUGUAACAUUGAAUUGUUGGCCACAAUCGGCCGCAAGUGUCCACACAUUCACACCAUUGACUUGAGAGAAAUAUGGAGUAAUUGUUUGACACAAACUGCCGAAGUGUUGGACAUAUUUAGCCACAAUUUGCAGAAUAUUUACUGCAAUUACGAUCGAAAUGUUUACGAAAGGCUACCAGAGAUCGGAUCACUGGUCACAAGAAUCGGCGAUAUAUCGGAAUACAGGAGACAAGGGCUCAGACAUUGUCGCCGAUUGUCUUCAUUGCGCGGACAGCAGUUUCGUGAGGUUUUUGACGACAACUCCGGCCAACCGUUGGUCAAGAAUUUACAGCGAUUUGAAAUGACUACUUAUUUUGACGAAGAUUACCAAAUGUUGUCCGCAUUGGUGGCCGAGAAUCAGUCCCUAAGAAGUGUUAAAUUUGAUUAUAUUGUCUGUUGGACUAACGCAAGUGUGACCGAAAUGGCCGCACAAUUGUCACGAUUACCACAAUUACGGGAAUUGUCGCUGGAUUUGAGUCUUAUUAUCGACCAGAACUCAUUUGACAAGUUUUUGCGGACAAUCGGCCAGAAGUGUCGACAAUUGAAACGAUUGGCACUUCAAUUGACAAUAAAUUACUAUUUAUUUAAUGGCCGCACAUUAGACUCAUUGAAAUAUUAUCCGCUAUUAAAGCGAUUUGAGUUAAGGCUUUGGGGACACCAAUUGACAAUCGGUAACACGUUUUUGGAUCCGUUGAAACAUUGCCACCAAUUAACACAUUUGUCUAUCGAUUCGUGGCAAUCAAGUGACCAAUUCCCACGACUUCACUACCUAUUUAUUAGGACUCAACAAUUCAAAGUCAAUGAUUUGGAUCACAUCUCAAGUCUACCGGCGCUGCGGACACUGGUCUUUGAUUGCUAUCAAUUCAUUCUUCGCGAUGUGUUUCUCACUCCCGAAGGCAAUCAUCUCGUGGACAAUGUCUGCCAAGACUUGUUCUCCAGAAAUCUUAAACUGAAGAGAAUUGAUAUCCAUAUUAUAGAAGACAUGACAUCAAUGAAGAGAUUAAUCGGUACCACAGAUGACACCGAAGACAAAGAUAGUCAACAGACAAAGAGGAAGAGAAACACAUCCGACGCCGACUCCGAAGAGGACGAGAGGUUUCCCGAAAGGAAACACUUUAUGAACGAAUCCAAGAGUGAUGUGGUCUUCAUUGUCGACGGCCAGAGAUUGCCCGCAAUGAGAGGUGUCUUAAGCCUGAAGAGCGACCGCUUCGAUGAGAUGUUCAAAGAGUCGGCGGCGAAGGAGAUCCAGAUCGAGGGCAUCACUGCCGACGCGUUCAAAACAAUGAUCUAUUUUAUGUACACUUCGGAUACACUUGUGUUAAGCGAUGCCAAUGAUCUGAAUAUCAUCCGUGAGGUUCUUCACUGCGCCGACCGCUACCGUCUGAUCCGUUUGAUGGACGCCAUCGGCAGACACUUGGAGACAAUGGUCACAAUCGAGACAAUCGGGACAAUUGUCGGAAUGGCCGACAAGUAUGGGGUGCGAGGGCUGAGCGAUAGGUUGGGCACCCGAUUGGCCCAACUGUUGACCACCGAUAACAUGCUAUCAGUGGUCACAAUUGGCUACAAAUACGAGUCGUUGACCAAUCGUUUUGAGUCGGCUUUGAAGACAUUUCUGGAGAUAAAUAUUGCGGCAGUUUUUGCCAAAGAGAAGGAAGAGAAGGAAAAAUUUUGGGCAUUGAAUGCAAUCACAGGAAACCUAUUGAUGGAUGUGAUGCGUGAUAUGAUUCUCACAUAUUCAACAUAA